AUGGCAACGAAAUCAGUACCUGAGUACCGAUUUUACACAGCCAUAACCACGCUUAAAUCAAAUCAGUACCUGAGUACCGAUUUUACACAGUCAUGGCUACGCUUAAAUGAAAUCACUGAAUUACAUAAGUUUACUUUGAUAAAGCGAGAAAAAGAAUUUAUAAGGACUGUGGAGAAGUUGGCCAUAUCAACAAAAAUAGUUACAAAUGCCAGCUUUAUGAUGCAUCCAAAAAAAAGAAAAGCAGGAGCGAAGGAUGAUUACGAGACUAAGGCUGCAAAGGCUAGAGGAAAAAAGAAGAAAUUGGAAGACAGCAAGAAACGAGCAGAACUUCUGGUGCAGCAUCUGCAACCUUAUAUUAGGGAAGCAGUGGAGAGUUUUGAAAAUAGGCUCAAGCACUACGCUCGAACAUGUUUGAAGCAUCUCUUCCCUGUAAGUCAUGAUCGCAUCCAUAACAAGUGUAGUAGCAGAAUGUCUCACGAAGUUCUGUUUAUUUUAUGUUUUAGGAGCAUAAGAAGAGAGGAAUCGACAGAAUCGUCAACGAAUAACUGCUUCAAAAAGAUAAUGAAGGGGGACUACGAAUGGCCAAACGGGGUGGCCGGUUUGGAGCGACGCACUGCCGAGGGUCCCGAACGCAGAAAAUCUUACUGUCAACGGGUCAAUGUUCCUGCCAGCGUUAGAAUUGAUGCUGCAGAAGGUGUCGUCUAUUUCCGAAGCUACUACAGACGACCCAAAAAAAAAGCCACGACUUUUCUCUUUGUUCCAACGCCCUCUUUGAAAUGGCGCCAUAUCCAUAUCAACCACAAAACGCUGUCUGUUAUAACGAGCCAAAAGUAUCCUGGAAACACCUACAGAGAACAGGUUGAGGUUUUUCACCACGUGUUUGACUUGUCUACGUUCGGAUACAGUUCCUUCGAUGAUAUUGUUAACGACCGUGAAAUAAAGCUAAACUGCACUGCUCAAAGCGACGGACAUGGUAUCGCACUACAGUUUGUCAGACGAAAGGCUACUUCCCGUCUGAAUUUCAAUUAUAUCAAAAUGCAUUUGAUUGGUUCUCUUGUGUGUCUUUCUUCGCGUAGUAAAGAUAUGGGGACCUUGGCUGUAGCUUAUGAUAUGACAGUCCAAAUACAGGCCAUCAUGGAUACCGAUGAAACGCAUCUAUAAAUGCUCAACAAUCAGUGUGGUAUAAAGUUUAUCUAAAAAAGGCCAUCGCAGACAUUGUAACUUUAGGAAAUACAGAAAACAAAAAGGAAUGGAAAAGCGAAAUCCAUCGUAUCGUAGGACACCCCAAUGAUGUGUGAUGUAAAAUAGAAUCAUGAGACAGAAGCUGUUUGUUCUUCCUCUUUCUCUGUGCAUUCCUCGUUUAGAAUGCGCACACACGCAUACAAUACACACAGACGCUUACACACGACGUCAUCUCCUGAUUCUUUGGUUCAUUAAGUGGGAUGAGAAAUAGCAGUGUUCAUGCUUUUUGUGUUUUGCUGCGCCACGUCCUGAUUGGCUGUUGACACUAGGAUAGAGAUUUGGAAAGAAAUCGAACCAAUCAAAAGCAUCGACUGAUUCCUUUUCUCCUCGAACAAACUGCGUAACAAAAUUUUCAAAAAGGCUUUUAUAAACGGG